AUGUCGCUAUCAACGUCAGCUGGCGCGAAGACUGUCCGAGAAGAGGUCCUGUCGAUGGAACAUCACUUCAGGUCCGAGGCAGGAAAGUGUUUCCGUCUUGUAUGGUCCGAGGUAGUGAAGAGGUUUCCGUCUUGUAUGGUCCGAGGCAGGAAGGUGUUUCCGUCGUGUAUGGUCCGAGGCAGGAAGGUGUUCCGUCUUGUAUGGUCCGAGGCAGGAAGGUGUGUCCGUCUUGUAAAGUCCGAGCCUGGAAGCUGUUUCCGUCUUCUGUCUGAUUCCAAAGUUAAUCGUUAUUAUGGAUCUUUUCUCGACCGUCAUCGACAAAAACUUUCAUGUGCAGAGGACAGAAAACAUUGCGAGACUUUCUAUCUUCCAAAGAACUACAAUGCCUACCAUUUGAACGGAAAGACCAUUACAAUUGACGGGAGACUGAACGAUGAUGCGUGGAAGGAGGUAUCUUGGAGUUCAGAUUUCGUGGAUAUGAGAAGCGAACGUUUUCCAACCCCGUUCUUCACAACUAAAUUCAAGCUAAGAUGGGAUGACGCAAACCUUUAUGUCGGAGCGUAUGUUCAAGAGAAAGAUGUUUAUGCGACCAAGACACAACACGAUGACCAACUUUGGAAAGAAAAUGGAUUUGAGAUGCUAAUGGCUAUCGAUGGGACUUUGUUCAAUUACAAGCAAGUACAAGUCAACGCCCUUGGUACAACAAUGUACCAGUUGUUGUUUAAAUCUCCAUACGAAGCUGCUGGAAAGCCAGCAUGGGAGAAUCCAGAUUACAACACACGAGCAUGGGAGGCGAACCUCACAUCACAAGUAAACGUCGACGGAACCAUCAAUCAGCCUGGAGACGAAGAUAAGUUUUGGACCGUCGAAAUUUCUAUCCCGUUUAGAAACCUUGCCUUAAACUCAAACAGAAGUCAAAUUGAUCCCAAGCCAUAUAGCAAUGAAGUUUGGUUUAUGCAGUUUGGUCGUUCCGAGCAAAAUUUGACUGUUGCAAACGGAAGUUAUGUUCCUCAGGUUCUUUCUGAACAGAAUUGGUGGUCAUGGCAACCAUGCGGUACAAUCAAUCUACAUCUGCAGGACCGAUGGGGUCUCGUACAAUUCAAGAGAAACAGGAACGAUAAGAAGUUCCGAUAUAAAAAGUGGCAUGUCUAUCGCACCCUGUUCGAUGUGAUGAAUGCUAUGGAUGUAUACAAAGCACUAAAUGGGAAGUUCACCGACAACAUAGCAGAGCUGGACAUUCCUCCGUAUUUGAUGACAGCUACAUGUGUAAAGAUGCCGGAAAUUAAGCUUUUGAGUAGGGAAAACGGAACUAAAGGUUUCGAAAUCGGAGUGAAGUCACUCGUGAUAACUCAGUUACCGAUGGGUCAUAUCCGAGAGGACAGAUAUGUUUGGUUUCGCUAGUGCACAAUAUUCUCCUUUUAAACCGUUUUCAAAUAUGUGUUACUCCUUUUUGGUAUGCUGAAACUUGUUGUGUUUAUUGUUGCAAUUAUCCCAAAAAGGUUGCUUUUUACAUUCAUUUAUAUUCAUAAUGAAUCGAUACCCAAACUCUACGUUAUGUUCCGCAGGCUCUUCAUUGUCUUGUAGAGAUCAGAACAAAAGAACAUCAGCAUUA